AGUGUUGUUAAAAUGGCACAAGGAAAAGUUGAGUCAGCAAAAAAAUGUUGAAUGCUUAGAGGGGGUUACACUCCUGCUCACAUAGCAAUGCAAUUCAACCAUGAAAAUAUCUUCAGUUUGCUUGUGGAAGCCUAUGGUGCUGAUCCUAACUUACGUGACUGGAGCGGCAGGAAACCAAGGCAGUAUUUAGCAAACCAGGAUACUGCUGUGUCUGCAGACACCUUCCGAAGUGAGUACCGUCCCAGAGCUUCCAGCAUGGCUGCCUCUGCCUCCGCAUCUGCAUCCGCCUCCACCUCCUCAGAGAGGCUUCCAGACUCCCCUCUAGUGGGAGCUUACCUGGGAAGGAAAAGCUUCCUUAGGCGGAGUAGAAAUGUUACCAUUGGGUAUGGUUCAUUGCGAUUAGUUACAUUUUGCCUCAAUUGCAUUGUCACUAAGAGAAAAUAUGUGCGAACUAUAUUAAAUGAAGAACCACACUUCAUUACUGUUGAAGUAGUAGUAAAAAUAAAAGCAAGGAAGAAACAAUCAGAGAAAGAACUGGGGUUUCUACGCAUUGGUUCGUUGAAUAUGAGAGUGAAGAGGACAACGGAGGCAUUCAGCAAUUUUCUAGGAGUGGGCACAACGAACAGUGAGAAAUUGCACAAGAGUUGGGGGUCUGCUGAUAAUAUCCAACAGGUGGACAGGCGAAUUAUGCCACCUCCCAAAGUAGCCCCAAUCAAAAAAAGGGGUUCUCGUCGAGGUGGGCAAGACUACAGUGGCAGUCACAGUACCCCCAGCACUCCCCCAAGCCACACAAGGACAGCACACGACUCCGACUCUGACACGGCCUGUGGCUUUGGCUCCGAUUGGCAGGUCACAUCUUGAAGAGCAGCUGCAAUAUUAUUGGACUGGUGAAAAGUUCUGUACUAGCUCACAUAGUUAGGAAUGCAAUUCAAUGGUUAUUUUAAUGUAAAAGUUGUUGAUAAUUAAUGCAAAAAUAAUUUUUGAUUCUGAAAUAUAUAUUUUAUAUUUUUAAUUUGCUGGUAUCGGUAUUCCAUUUUUGAGCUUACAUUAUCUUCUUAAGGAAAUAUUGUAGAAUGUUUUCAUAGUGAAGCUCAAACUCUUGACGUCAAAAUAUUCUUAACAAUUAAUCUCAUUAUCAGAUCUGAAAUCUAUGUGAUAUCAUGUGAUGCAGCCGUGCAGUAUUGUGUAUUUACUCACAGUAGAAGUUGUAAACAGUAUUAGUCAUUAGCAGUGUGAUAAGGAGAGUUUUCUGUGAUUGUAUAAUACAACUGUAGAUACAGCAGUGAUCUGAAUGUACUUAGGAUUGCUUUCUUUUAAUAAAUAUUGAGUGCAUUCUCAUGAAGUAAUUAUUUUGCAUAAACAGUUGUUCCAUAAGAUCUUUGUAUAAGUCUUGAAUUUAAGUUAUUAAAAUGUCUGAUCAAUAAAAUAUUAUUUAGUGUAUCAUACUUGUUAUCAUUUAACACUCUUAUAUGUUAACAUUUCUAAGUAGUUUUCAUUCCCCCACAUUAGUCUGACAUAUAAGAACUGUUUCUUACUUCAAUUAAAAAUUAAAAUGCUAAUAAAUAGAGAGGGUGCAAAACAAAACACAUUGCAAUAUUCAAAGCAAUUGCUGUUGUCUGAAGUCAAGUUAACUUUCAGUUGGAAUACUGAAAAAGUUUUAAUGGUAAUUGGUGGUAAUAGUUUUAAUUGGUAGAGUGUGAAGAGCUGAGGCAUAUUAGCAAAAACAAUGUUCAAAAACUAUUGUAGCUUUAUGAGAAUAAUACUGAUGUAUCUCAAAAAAUCGCAAAUUGAAAUUUUAAAGUGAACCAGUCAAAAAAUUAAUUUUUUAUGUGAAAUAAGUUUCAUGUCAGACAUAAUACCAAUUGCCAUUGGUAGCAGAUGCAUUGCUAUUUCGUGGAUGGAGUCAUUACCAAUUAUUUUUAUGGAAUUAUGUAAAAAAUUCAGAUGUUUAUAAAAUUUAUUUUUGUAAAUAAAAAAAUCA